AUGGCGGUCAACGCGACUGCGCCUGCGGGCACCACGGUGUCAGACUUGCCACUGGAAUACCUCAGUCUUUACCAUACUGUCGAUCCCUACCUCUCCUCUGUUCUAGUCUUUUACGGACCGGUUGCGACAGCCAAUGCUACUGUGAGCAGCUCGCGCAUCCAGGCGCAUAUCUUCACACCUGCUGGUUUGCAAAGCUAUUCACGAAUCACAAUUUCACCUGCUGCGCCGUUAUACGCUGCGGUCAACCAUCUACCCCGCGAGAAACAAGGCGAUCCGGUGGCUCGAGGCCUUGCGGUCAGCAUGUUGAAAUAUUUUGCUGAACUGUCAGAUCCGCUGAGGAAGCGGCUGACAGACACCGCUCGGACGAGUCAGCGUGAGAAGAUCCCGAAGUUAUUUGAUGAAAUGCAUGCUGCGGAAUUGGCCAAUCGUAUGGUCAAGGUUGAGGACUCAUCGGACAUUGUGCGCGAUAUUCGGAGUGCAUGCCAGGAACGCAAAGUCCCUUGGGUUGAUAUGGACGUUGUCCUACCUGUGGGAACCAUUCAAGCCCCCCAGCGACGGGAGAGUACUGGGUCAGAUAUCGAAGAGAACCCCACUGUUCAGUACGGCCCAUAUACAUCCCUCAUCCAGGCAUUGGGCGAUCCAAUGUUUUUGCCCACGUCGAGACUCAAGCGGGCCCCCUCACAGCCGACUAAUGUCAGCAAGUCGAGGAUCUUCACACGCAACCAGAAAGAGGCUCUUCGAUUGACAAUGUGUGAGUUUGUUGAUACCGAGGAGCGCUAUGUUGCGAAAGUCUACUCUCUAGUUCACGAAGUGGCGGAUGAAUUUCGCCAAAAGGCUCAAUGCAAAGACCCCACGAGUACUAGCCCGGACGAGAGAGCGUUGGAGGCACUCUUUCCACCCUGUUUGAAUGAGAUUUUGGAAGUCAACCUCGGUUUUCUUGAUGUGAUCCGACACGUACUAGAAGAGACAGAGAGGGAUGCCCUCGACGAUAUCAGCCAAGACACAGAACUCCCCGCAUCUGGUACACACCGCGGCUCAUCGAGGGACUCUAGGGAUGCAAUUGGUGCAACCUUGUUUGCCAGGGCAUUGCUGGACUGGCUACCCCAGUUCUCGCAACCGUAUGCGGAUUACAUGCGAGCCCAUACCGGUUUUACACAGACGCUGAACUCUUUCAUGAGAGACAAACAGUCCAGCUUUUCUCGGCGAGUCUAUGAGACGGGGGAGCAGAGACUUCGAUCAUUGUUAAUGGAACCUGUCCAGCGUCUUCCUCGUUACAGUCUUCUGAUCGACACCAUGACAAACAGUCUACCCCUGGUUCACCCCGCUGUCCGUCCUUUGUUAAAAGCUCGGGACAUUGUGAAAGAGAUUUGCGCUCUGGACAAUGCCUCUCCGAAUGGCCAUGCACAAAGUCUACGACGGUUAAGAGAGCUUGUUGAUGGAUGGCCUGCCAAGACCUUCCCAGAUGGUCGUCUGAUUACCGCGGUGGAUGUCAACGAAAUUCCACCUCCGUACCAACUGGACGCCCAGGCUUCUGGAUAUGCGGCCGGGAUUUUGCUUCUUUACAAGAACUGUUUGGUUCUGCUGGCAAAGCCUGCCGAAAGCCGAGUCACUGCGCGUGGAUUGCUAGCCGACAUUGAUAAUGCCGCCUCACCCACCAACGAUGCUUCAAGCUCCGUGCCCCCGGCGGAGCUCAAGGUCGUUCAAGUCCUUGAACUCCAUGCUAUUCGCUGCAUGCAGUCUACCUGUGGUCGGAUUCUUUUCAUUGUACCCGCAACCCUCCCACUGGGCUCCGGUGCAGCGGACGGUAGCGACGACCUUCUUGCUUUGGAACUCAUUGCUAUGUACGAAGCUAAGGUCGGCCGACUUAUUGAAGAGAUAACGAAGGCUCGGAUUGAAGGAAGGUUCUCAGAACAAGAGCGAGAAGGCGGAAAAUGGACCUUGCGCAGCCCCCUAACCACUCCGAAUAUCACUGGCAUUCUGGCAUGCGUCUGCGAAGACGGUCAAAGUGUCGCGCUGAACCACGCUCAGUCAUCAUCGAUUCGCCUGGUCUUUGACACACCAAAAUCUAAGUGUACUGAGAUCCUGAACGGAUCUAACCUGGAUGUUGUGCUGUCGAUUACCGCAUCCAAUGGUGACCAAUUCAAGCUGGAGAUUGACUCUGUCAUCGGAUCUCCGUCUUUGGAUCUUGUGUCUGCAGAAACAUUUGUUCCUACUCUCUCCAAACGCCUGCAAUCUCUCCUCUCGCCUCUGAAUAGUACGCGUAACCCAAAGCUGAUGAAGCCGUUGGUUCACUCAAACUUCGAGAUCCUUCGGUAUAUUGCAGGUGGCUUAACUACGCAGGUCAAAUCAUCACGCAGCUUCCGACCUCCUUCUCCCACGAAACUCAUAUCGAACCUCCUCGGAGGCAGCCGUGAGAAUGUGCCGACCAUCAAGCAGCCAAACUCGGCGACCUUGCUGGGUGAAUUCCCAAAGAUUCCUCCACCGAGGGCCAAUCUUUCCAGAUCUAAUACCCUUCCUUCAACUUUCCCCGGAAAGGACAAGGACAAGGAGAAGGAGAGGGAAAGAGAAGAUACCCAGAACAAGAUCUCCGUGGUUGGAGCGUCAGGCGCUCGUGGACCAGAUGGCCAACUUGGAUCACUAGAGCAAACAUUUGCCGCCUACGUGCUUUCUCUACAAUCUCGCAGCGGCAAUAUUCUUGGGCGAAUGCUUCGUGCCCGAGAGCAUGCAGACCGCGCACCGGUGAAUGAGCUUUACAAUAUCCUGCUGGAAUGCCCGAGCAAGUUACAAGCAGCAGCGGAGGUGCCAGUCGAUACACUCUUUGUUGCUUUCGAAACUUUCAUGAAGAAUGCCUGGAAAGCCAGCAUGGGUCCUGUAUUGGAUCCAUCUGCACUCAAGCUUCUUCAGCACCAGUUUGACACUAUGUUUCCGCGCCAUUUCGAGGAGCAUUUCCGGAAGUUCCUGGUAGAUAUUAGCCCACAGAAUCGCCGGGCGCUGGCGGCGAUCAUUCGUCUUCUUGCUGAGCUGCUAGACGCUUCAGGAAAUGAUGGGGAUCGUGGCGCUCUGACGGUAGCAUUUGCCGAGGUCAUCACAGAAGAAGGAGAACCUGUUCAGCAUGUAUCCCUUCUGGAUCGCCUCGUCGACGACUUUGACAAUCUCUUUGAGGAGUUCAUUCCUGGAGGAGCCUCGGUUGAGGGAACACUCAGCUGCGAUCAGACCAAGUCUUCACAUGCCAACACAGGUUCUGUGAGCUCGAAUAGUUCUUCAUUCCGCAAGCGCUUUGGAUUUAGCCUACACAAGGAGAGCUCGAAAGCUGAGGGAGAGAGCAAAGUUGCAUCGAUCCUACGGACAUUAAGCAAGAGACAAAGUCCAGGCGAUUCGGAGCCUCCCACUCCAAAGGGUUCCUUGCUUCGCUCCAAAUCUACAGAUGUGGACGCCCGCCUUGGAUUCCUGCGUCCAAACUCUCGUGAUCGUCCUUAUGGAUUCGCGUCCGAGGAGCAAAUUUCCAGGCCAGGCACCGGGUAUGGACAACCGCCAUCCUUGUCCUCCAUCCGAGGCAUAUCUCACGAUGGCGUAGUCAAAAUUCGCAGAAAAAGAAGAAGUUCCUUGUCUGAUUUUCGCCCUGACACAGCGUCAUCCGAUGCAUCGCAUAUCUCUUCAACUCCCUACUUGCGCCCCGUGACCCCAUCGAACCAGCCGCGAGCCGAGUUAACCACGCCCACCAGUCAACCCAGGCCCCAGAGCAGCUACCUGACAUCACCGAGUAGGGCUACAUCGCCAGCCAAGGCAACAUCGCCUGCUCGUCUGGGAUCGCCCAUUCGGCAGACAUCGCCGACUCGCCCUUCUACACCUAGUAGGAAGGAGAAUAUUGAUCCCAAAGUCCCCCAGACAGAGCGGUCGGCCAAGUCCAAGAGCCACAUUCCCGAUUCCCCAAGCCAGGAGACAAAACGGCGAUCCCGCGCGACCAGCAUACCUCAACGGACCCCGGGCCUUCGCGAACGCGCUCCUGUGAAUGGCCCCGAAACCAAGCGUCCGCAAUCCUCGUCUUCAUCCCAGAAGCCGCAGAAACUGCGGAUGCAAAGUCCCCAGAAGCUUCGCGAGCGUGUCCAAGCUGAAAAGAAGACCCAGGCUACCAGUCAAGUUGGAUUCCGGGACGAUCUGAGAGCCCUUGGCGAUGAGAUGAACAGUCUCAGACUCAAAGCACCAAAAAAUUCCUACAUGGAGCCGGUCAUGGGUUCUUCGGAAGACCGCCAGUCUUCAGGCGUUGCGUUGUCCCUCGAAAGCCGUCUUGAGAGUCUUGAGGAGCGUUUCAACUAUAUGUCUGGCGAGUACAAUGGCCGAACGUCAGCUCUUGAAAAAGACUUGGAGUCUUCUUUGAUUGUGAGCGAAAAGCGCGUGAAAAAGCUUGACGAACUGUACCGAGAGGCUAGUGCGGAGAACGAGGCACUCUACGAUCGGUUCAACACGGAGCUCAGCAAGAUUGCUAGAGAUGUCCGCUCCGGCAGUGCAGAGGAUGCGUUGCAGUCUCAGUUGAGCAAUGCCCUGGAAGAGAUUGGUCGCCUCAAGAAAGAGAACUUCCGUCUUAAACGAGAAGUUGGAGGUCUUAGAGCCCAAUCUGCCGCUGCUGCGUUGCUCAGAGCCAGUGAACAAUGA